GGGAUGAAUGGAUCAGCAGAAGUUCAGCAAAGAAAUACACAAGAUCCAACUUCAAGAGAUUAAACGUUGCAGGGAAAUUUAAAAAGAAAUAUGUCGAAAGAUCAAAGAAUAAGGAUGAACCCAAUGAACCCGAAGUGUCAGGAACAUCCAGGACUUUAGACCAUGGUACAAAAUUAAAAAGGGAUUCACCAAAAAUUGAAGAGAUCUUUGAAGAUGCAAAAUAUCUGGUACCUUUUAUUAGAUUAUUUACUUUAAUUGCUUAUACAUUGAUUGUCUGGCUAAUGCAAAGUAUGUUACGUAUUUUUUAAAGGAACAAGAAGGAACCCAGGAAAGAAACAAAACCAAUAUAAAAAUUAUUCAAAUAUAGUGACUGCUUUUCAAAGGAGUGUUCCUUAUGGAAAAUACUUAUUUUCUGCAACUGAUUGUAUUUCAUUUAUGACUGUGAGAUAGUUAUGAGAAAAACGUAUUUCUCUUGAAAUUAUAUUUU